UGGAUAUUGAUAUUGAAGGAUGUGUUGCUUUUUGGCAAUCUUUAAAAAAAGAUGUUGUUGUGGAUACACCAAAUAUGUAUCUAUAAUUAUUUAAUAAAAAUAAAUAAUUUUAGGAAAUGUUGUAAUGAUUGGGGAAGACAUAUUUUACGUACUUGGAAAAAUGCUCCAAAAUUAGAUAAGGAAAAUCAAGGAGCAGCAAAACGAGCAGAAAUUGAAACUGAAAUAAUUGAGCCGCUCUUCCAUUGUGCAAUAUUUACAAAAAAGCCUUAUUCUCAAAGAUUUCAAUGGAUAAUUGAAGCAUUUCUUGAAGACGAAAAUCCGAGUAAAAAGUUAAGGGCAAUGUUUUUUCGGUGUACACUUCCCGUUGUGCCGAAUAAUCAAGUCCGAACUGCUGCUUCUUGGAUUGUUCUCAAUUUUUUUCCUUUGCUUUCUGAUGAUGAAUUUGUCAAAGAAGAAUAUUUAAAAAGGCAACAAGAGGCAAUGGAUCGAAUGUUAAUGGAUGAUUGUGUUCCUAUUCGUGUUUUUGCUCUCAAAAUGGUGCCUCGCCACCUGUGCGCUCAUUGGGAAAUUUUUCCUCGGGAAUUAAUUAAAGCUUAUUUGUCCAAGAUUGUUGACUGCCUCUCACUCGAUGCUCUACCAGAGGUCCGUGCUGCUGUUUAUGAAGGUAUUGGGAAUUUACUACCUCGUGCUGAUGCUCUUACUGCCACACAGCGUUCUUUGGAAAUUCUUGCUAAGCGUGGAACAAAUGAUAAAACAGAAAAAGUUAGAUUGUCUGCUUUUCGAAUGUUGAAUAAACUUCAUGGGCAUCGUUAUAUUAAGUUGUUGGAUUUAAUCCCAAUGAAUAAUUUAUUGCUUCGUCUCGAUUUUGAACAUUCAAAAUCGGUGCAGCGUGAAAUCGUUCAACUUCUUUUCCGCCCAUUUAUUCCAAAACAUGUUGAGGGUAUCGAUUAUAUGGAACGGUUUAAACGUGUCUUUUUAAUGUGCAAAACAUCAAGAAAUGCCUCUUUCCAUCUACAUCAUUUAAUCUACCCACAAAAAUUGAUUGGAAUAGAAAUGGCAGUUCAUCAUAUUCGGAGUCUGUUGCUUGGAGUAAAAAUCAUUUUAAAGAAGAGUGCGGGUAUUGAAAAUGGGGGAAAUGAUACAACUGAUGUUUUAAAUAUGUCUAAUAUAUCUGGAAUUUCUACAAUGAUGGAGGAGGUACAACAAAAGAAUGGAGGCGGUGGAGAUAUUGAUGAACAAACAAAAUUACGAGUAACAAAAGAUGUCUUGGAUUCAUCAAUUGUUCUUUGGAUGGCUAUUCGUUAUGAUUUAUUUAAUGCAAAAAAUGCAAAAUAUAAUUUAGAAAUGGUUCGAAUGAUGUCAAGUAUUUUAGAUACUCUCAAUCAAUUUCCAGAUGAUUCUGCAAUAAUGGAUUCUGCUUUAGUUAUUGCAAGUCAAUUGCCUAAAGACAAAAUUGGAAAAAUGUUUUUUCGUAUCAAGAACAAAAUUGAAGAAGACAAUGUAAAUCAACAACAUUUUCUUCAUUAUGUUGAGGCACUUGCAGCUUGGGAUAUGAACAAAUUAAUUUCAAUUAUAGAAAUUGGUCUACGAAAACUUCGAAAUGCCCUUGUUGCAAUUACUGAUCCAUCAGCACUUUCUGCUACUCCAUUGAGCUCUCGUCGUCGAUUAGAGACUAAUCCAUAUAGAGAAUCACCUCCUUCCAAACGAGUUAAAGUAAAUGAAAACGUUGUCGGAGAAUUCUUACGUCCAUUAGAAUUAAUUCAAACUUUAAUUUCAAGUCCUUUGGCAAGUGAAGAAUUAAAAACAAAUUUUACCUGUCUCUCAGUUAUUCAUAAACAAUUUGGCAAAUUAUUGCUUUUACCUGGUUGGGAACAAAAAUUCGAUCCUCGAGUAUUAUUUUCUGCUUAUGAGACAUUUAACAUUUUGGCAUUGAUUACUAAAAGAAUUGAGGAGCCGUCUCGUAGAGAGUCAAUUAAUGAGGCAGAGCUUAAUUUGCCUACAAAUGAUAGAUUAUUGUAUAAUGAAUUAAAAUGGUUUGCCGAUGUCAUUAAAGAAACGAGACCAACAUUUAAUGUUAUGAAAAUGUUUUUGAGAUGUGUCGAUUUACAUUUAAUUGCUGGCCAAUUAACUUAUUUAAUUUUAAAUGAAACUGCGAAUAUGUUUAUUAAAUUAAAAGAAAUUUUGGAGGAUAUUUUUAAUGCCGGUCCAGUAGAAAUUGCUCUUAGAAAGAGUGUAGCAGUUCUGAAAGAAGCUUUACUGAAUUGUGAUGAUCGUGAACAGGCCAAUAAAAUUAUUCAGAAUAAAAUUGAUCCACUUUUGGAUUAUUUGGAGGAAACGACUUUGGUAGAAGAAAUUGAUGAACCACAACAAAAUGAGAGAGGUGACAGAAGUGAUGAUGAAUAG